AUGGCUGAGAGCGCCUCCCCGCCCUCAUCUGCAGCAGCCCCGGCUGCCGAGCCGGGAGUCACCACGGAGCAGCCCGGGCCCCAGAGCCCACCAUCCUCCCCACCAGGCCUGGAGGAGCCCCUGGAUGGAGCUGAUCCUCAUGUCCCACACCCAGACCUGGCGCCCGUUGCCUUCUUCUGCCUGCGACAGACCACCAGCCCCCGGAACUGGUGUAUCAAGAUGGUGUGCAACCCGUGGUUUGAAUGUGUCAGCAUGCUGGUGAUCCUGCUGAACUGCGUGACACUUGGCAUGUACCAGCCGUGCGACGACAUGGACUGCCUGUCUGACCGCUGCAAGAUCCUGCAGGUCUUUGAUGACUUCAUCUUUAUCUUCUUUGCCAUGGAGAUGGUGCUCAAGAUGGUGGCCCUGGGGAUUUUUGGCAAGAAGUGCUACCUCGGGGACACAUGGAACCGCCUGGAUUUCUUCAUCGUCAUGGCAGGGAUGGUUGAGUACUCCCUGGACCUUCAGAACAUCAACCUGUCGGCCAUCCGCACUGUACGCGUCCUGAGGCCCCUCAAAGCCAUCAACCGCGUGCCCAGUAUGCGGAUCCUGGUGAACCUGCUCCUGGACACGCUGCCUAUGCUGGGGAAUGUCCUGCUGCUCUGCUUCUUUGUCUUCUUCAUCUUUGGCAUCAUAGGCGUGCAGCUCUGGGCUGGCCUGCUGCGUAACCGCUGCUUCCUGGAGGAGAAUUUCACCAUACAAGGGGAUGUGGCCUUGCCCCCAUACUACCAGCCGGAGGAGGACGAUGAGAUGCCCUUCAUCUGCUCCCUGUCGGGGGACAAUGGGAUCAUGGGCUGCCAUGAGAUCCCCCCGCUCAAGGAACAGGGCCGUGAGUGUUGCCUGUCCAAGGACGACGUCUAUGACUUUGGGGCGGGGCGCCAGGACCUCAACACCAGCGGCCUCUGUGUCAACUGGAACCGUUACUACAAUGUGUGCCGCACGGGCAGCGCCAACCCCCACAAGGGUGCCAUCAACUUUGACAACAUCGGUUACGCUUGGAUUGUCAUCUUCCAGGUGAUCACUCUGGAAGGCUGGGUGGAGAUCAUGUACUAUGUGAUGGAUGCUCACUCCUUCUACAACUUCAUCUACUUCAUCCUGCUUAUCAUAGUGGGCUCCUUCUUCAUGAUCAACCUGUGCCUCGUUGUCAUAGCGACCCAGUUCUCGGAGACCAAGCAACGGGAGCACCGGCUGAUGCUGGAACAGCGGCAGCGCUACUUGUCCUCCAGUACGGUGGCCAGCUACGCCGAACCUGGCGACUGCUACGAGGAGAUCUUCCAGUAUGUCUGCCACAUCCUGCGCAAGGCCAAGCGCCGCGCCCUGGGCCUCUACCAGGCCCUGCAGAGCCGGCGCCAGGCUCUGGGCCCGGAGGCCCCGGCGCCCGCCAAACCUGGGCCCCAUGCCAAGGAGCCCCGGCACUACAAGCUGUGCCCGCGACAUAGCCCCCUGGACGCGACGCCCCACACCCUGGUGCAGCCCAUCCCCGCCACGCUGGCCUCUGACCCCGCCAGCUGCCCUUGCUGCCAACAUGAGGCCGGCCGGCGGCCCUCAGGCCUGGGCAGCACCGACUCGGGCCAGGAGGGCUCGGGCUCCGGGAGCUCUGCUGGUGGCGAGGACGAGGCAGAUGGGGACAGGACCCGGAGCAGCGAGGACGGAGCCUCCUCGGAACUGGGGAAGGAGGAGGAGGAGGAGGAGCAGGCGGAUGGGGCGGUCUGGCUGUGCGGGGACGUGUGGCGGGAGACGCGAGCCAAGCUGCGCGGCAUCGUGGACAGCAAGUACUUCAACCGGGGCAUCAUGAUGGCCAUCCUGGUCAACACCGUCAGCAUGGGCAUCGAGCACCACGAGCAGCCAGAGGAGCUGACCAACAUCCUGGAGAUCUGCAACGUGGUCUUCACCAGCAUGUUUGCCCUGGAGAUGAUCCUGAAGCUGGCGGCAUUUGGGCUCUUCGACUACCUGCGUAACCCCUACAACAUCUUCGAUAGCAUCAUUGUCAUCAUCAGCAUCUGGGAGAUAGUGGGGCAGGCGGACGGUGGGCUGUCGGUGCUGCGGACCUUCCGGCUGCUGCGCGUGCUGAAGCUGGUGCGCUUCAUGCCUGCCCUGCGGCGCCAGCUCGUGGUGCUCAUGAAGACCAUGGAUAACGUGGCCACCUUCUGCAUGCUGCUCAUGCUUUUCAUCUUCAUCUUCAGCAUCCUUGGGAUGCACAUUUUUGGCUGCAAGUUCAGCCUCCGCACGGACACUGGAGACACGGUCCCUGACAGGAAGAACUUCGACUCCCUGCUGUGGGCCAUCGUCACCGUGUUCCAGAUCCUCACCCAGGAGGACUGGAACGUCGUGCUCUACAACGGCAUGGCCUCCACCUCCCCCUGGGCCUCCCUCUACUUUGUCGCCCUCAUGACCUUCGGCAACUAUGUGCUCUUCAACCUGCUGGUGGCCAUCCUGGUGGAGGGCUUCCAGGCGGAGGGUGACGCCAAUCGCUCCUACUCGGACGACGACCAGAGCUCAUCCAACAUGGAGGAAUUUGACAAGCUCCAGGAAGGCCUGGACAGCAGCGGAGAUCCCAAGCUCUUUCCAAUCCCCAUGACCCCCAAUGGGCACCUGGACCCCAGUCUCCCGCUGGGUGGGCACCUAGGUCCUGCUGGGGCUGCGGGACCUGCCCCCCGACUCUCACUGCAGCCGGACCCUAUGCUGGUGGCCCUGGGCUCCCGAAAGAGCAGCGUCAUGUCUCUGGGGAGGAUGAGCUAUGAUCAGCGCUCCCUGUCCAGCUCCCGGAGCUCCUACUACGGGCCGUGGGGCCGCAGCGGGGCCUGGGCCAGCCGCCGCUCCAGCUGGAAUAGCCUCAAGCACAAGCCGCCGUCGGCCGAGCAUGAGUCCCUGCUCUCUGCGGAGCGCGGCGGCGGCGCCCGGGUCUGCGAGGUUGCCGGAGACGAGGGACUGCCACGGCCCGCACCCCUGCACGCCCCUCACGCCCCGCACGCCCCGCACGCCCCGCACGCCCCGCACGCCCACCACGCUCAUCACGGGCCCCAUCUGGCACACCGCCACCGCCACCACCGCCGGACACUGUCCCUCGACACCAGAGACUCGGUGGACCUGGCCGAGCUGGUGCCCACCGUGGGCGCCCACCCCCGGGCCGCUUGGAGGGCGGCGGGCCCAGCCCCCGGGCAUGAGGACUGCAAUGGCAGGAUGCCCAGCAUCGCCAAGGACGUCUUCACCAAGAUGGGCGACCGCCGGGAUCGCGGGGAGGAUGAGGAGGAGAUCGACUACACCCUGUGCUUCCGCGUCCGCAAGAUGAUCGACGUCUAUAAGCCCGACUGGUGCGAGGUCCGCGAAGACUGGUCUGUCUACCUCUUCUCUCCCGAGAACAGGUUCCGGGUCCUGUGUCAGACCAUUAUUGCCCACAAGCUCUUCGACUACGUUGUCCUGGCCUUCAUCUUUCUCAACUGCAUCACCAUCGCCUUGGAGCGGCCUCAGAUCGAGGCUGGCAGCACUGAACGCAUCUUUCUCACCGUGUCCAACUACAUCUUUACGGCCAUCUUCGUGGGCGAGAUGACACUGAAGGUGGUCUCGCUGGGCCUGUACUUCGGCGAGCAGGCGUACCUGCGCAGCAGCUGGAACGUGCUGGACGGCUUUCUUGUCUUCGUGUCCAUCAUCGACAUCGUCGUGUCCCUGGCCUCGGCCGGGGGAGCCAAAAUCCUGGGGGUCCUCCGAGUCUUGCGGCUCCUGCGCACCCUACGUCCCCUGCGUGUCAUCAGCCGGGCGCCGGGCCUGAAGCUGGUGGUAGAGACACUCAUCUCCUCCCUCAAGCCCAUCGGCAACAUCGUGCUCAUCUGCUGUGCCUUCUUCAUCAUCUUUGGCAUCCUAGGAGUUCAGCUCUUCAAGGGCAAGUUCUACCACUGUCUGGGCGUGGACACACGCAACAUCACCAACCGCUCGGACUGCAUGGCCGCCAACUACCGCUGGGUCCAUCACAAAUACAACUUCGACAACCUGGGCCAGGCUCUGAUGUCCCUCUUUGUCCUGGCAUCCAAGGAUGGUUGGGUGAACAUCAUGUACAAUGGACUGGAUGCUGUCGCUGUGGACCAGCAGCCUGUGACCAACCACAACCCCUGGAUGCUGCUGUACUUCAUCUCCUUCCUGCUCAUCGUCAGCUUCUUCGUGCUCAACAUGUUUGUGGGUGUCGUGGUGGAGAACUUCCACAAGUGCCGGCAGCACCAGGAGGCUGAAGAGGCACGGCGGCGGGAGGAGAAGCGGCUGCGGCGCCUGGAGAAGAAGCGCCGGAAGGCCCAGCGGCUGCCCUACUAUGCCACCUAUUGUCACACCCGACUACUCAUCCACUCUAUGUGCACCAGCCACUACCUGGACAUCUUCAUCACCUUCAUCAUCUGCCUCAACGUGGUCACCAUGUCCCUGGAGCACUACAAUCAGCCCACGUCCCUGGAGACAGCCCUCAAGUACUGCAACUAUAUGUUCACCACUGUGUUUGUGCUGGAGGCUGUGCUGAAGCUGGUGGCAUUUGGUCUGAGGCGCUUCUUCAAGGACCGAUGGAACCAGCUGGACCUGGCCAUUGUGCUACUGUCAGUCAUGGGCAUCACACUGGAGGAGAUAGAGAUUAAUGCGGCCCUGCCCAUCAACCCCACCAUCAUCCGCAUCAUGAGGGUUCUGCGCAUCGCCCGAGUGCUGAAGCUGUUGAAGAUGGCCACAGGGAUGCGGGCCCUGCUGGACACGGUGGUGCAAGCUUUGCCCCAGGUGGGCAACCUGGGCCUCCUCUUCAUGCUGCUCUUCUUCAUCUAUGCUGCCCUUGGGGUGGAGCUCUUCGGGAAGCUGGUCUGCAACGAUGAGAACCCAUGCGAGGGCAUGAGCCGGCAUGCCACCUUCGAGAACUUCGGCAUGGCCUUCCUCACGCUCUUCCAGGUCUCCACGGGUGACAACUGGAACGGGAUCAUGAAGGACACGCUACGGGACUGCACCCAUGAUGAGCGCAGCUGCCUGAGCAGCCUGCAGUUUGUGUCGCCACUGUACUUUGUGAGCUUCGUGCUCACCGCGCAGUUCGUGCUCAUCAACGUGGUGGUGGCUGUGCUCAUGAAGCACCUGGACGACAGCAAUAAGGAGGCGCAGGAGGACGCCGAGAUGGAUGCCGAGCUCGAGCUGGAGAUGGCCCACGGCCUGGGCCCCGGCCCGAGGCUGCCUGCCGGCUCCCCGGGCGCCCCUGGCCGAGGGCCGGGAGGGGCGGGCGGCGGGGGCGACGCCGAGGGCGGCUUGUGCCGGCGCUGCUACUCGCCUGCCCAGGAGAACCUGUGGCUGGACAGCGUCUCUUUAAUCAUCAAGGACUCCUUGGAGGGGGAGCUGACCAUCAUCGACAACCUCUCGGGCUCCAUCUUCCACCACUACUCCUCACCCGCCGGCUGCAAGAAAUGUCACCAUGACAAGCAAGAGGUGCAGCUGGCUGAGACGGAGGCCUUCUCCCUGAACUCAGACAGGUCCUCGUCCAUCCUGCUGGGCGACGACCUGAGCCUUGAGGACCCCACAGCCUGCCCACCUGGCCCCAAAGACAGCAAGGGUGAGCUGGACCCACCUGAGCCUAUGUGUGUGAGAGACCUGGACGAAUGCUUCUUCCCCUUGUCCUCUACGGCCGUCUCACCGGGUCCAGAGAACUUCCUGUGUGAGAUGGAGGAGAUCCCAUUCAACCCUGUCCAGUCCUGGCUGAAACAUGAGAGCAGUCAAGCACCCCCAAGUCCCUUCUCCCCGGAUGCCUCCAGCCCUCUCCUGCCCAUGCCAGCCGAGUUCUUCCACCCUGCAGUGUCUGCCAGCCAGAAAGGCCCAGAAAAGGGCACCGGCACUGGGACCCUCCCCAAGAUUGCGCUGCAGGGCUCCUGGGCAUCUCUGCGGUCACCAAGGGUCAACUGCACCCUCCUCCGGCAGGUACCGGCACCUCCCAGGCUCCAGAGCACUGGUCUGUAG